AUGACAACUUGGACUCCCUCUUCCGGCUAUGAUCCGCGCUCGGAGCUACUUCCCAACAUCUUUGACUACUAUGCCCAGGUCAAGCCAGAUGCCAUCUAUGCAGAAUACCCGGUGAACUCUAUGACCUAUGAGGAAGGCUACAGGCCAAUCACCUACAAAGCUUUGGCCAACGCUAUCAAUGGUGUCGCUGGCGGGCUGACAAAGACCCUGGGCCCUGGAACAGGAGAAACUUUGGCCUACCUUGGACCGAGUGACUUGCGAUACCCGGCAUUGGUUUUGGGCGCAGUCAAGGCUGGAUACUGUAUGUUUCUUACGUCGCCGCGCAACAGUGCAGUGGCCCAUCAGUCGCUAUUCACUAAACUCGGGUGCGCGACACUCCUGACCCCUUCACCACGGCCGCCAUUCAUCGCGGGAAUUGUCGACGCCCACUCAGUGAAGGUUGCUGAUGUUCCUAGUAUGGCGGAACUACUCGCCACUGAGUAUCCGGUCUUUCCUUAUCACAAAACAUAUUCUGCAGCAGCACAUGAUCGAUUGGUUAUUCUUCACACAUCCGGGUCAACGGGAAUUCCUAAGCCCAUCAUCUGGACCCAUGACAGUGCCGCCAAGCAUAUGCAUAUGCAAAGACUCGAUAUACCCGCUGGCUGCGAAGGCCAGGACAGCUGGGGGUUCGGCAAGCGCAUGUAUCUCUCUUUGCCUCCUUUUCAUGCCGCUGGUCUAGGGCAUAUUCUUUUCAUUACCAUGCCUGUUGAUAUCACCCUGAUAAUGCCUACUGCUGCCGGUCUUCCCAGCGCGACCGGGAUGGUAGCGGCGAGGAAGCAGACCCCGUUUGACUGGGCAAUUGUUGUCCCAUCAAUCGUACUGGAAUUGUCCCAAUCGGCUGAUCUGCUGGAGUACUGCGGCAACCAUCUGGAGUACAUGAUGUAUUGUGGCGGGGAUCUGCCCCAGCCUGUCGGGGACAUAGUAGCCCGCAAGCUGAGAAUUGUGAACGGCUAUGGCGCUUCCGAGCUGGGAAUCUUGAAUGUGAUCCACGCAACGGGUAGAUGGGAUCCCCUCAAAGACUGGCGGUAUCUUCACUUCCAUCCACAGCUGGGCGUUGAAUUUCGGCAUGUGUCCGGGGACGAGUAUGAGGCGGUGUUGGUGCGCACUCCAGAGCGCGAGGGUCACCAAUUUCCCUUUUCAAUCUUCCCCGACCAUCAGGAAUAUCAUACCAACGACCUGAUGCUGCGCCACCCGGAUCCCGCCAAGUCAGACCUCUGGCGGCCGUCUGCAAGGUUGGAUGAUGUGAUUGUUUUCCUCAAUGGCGAAAAGACAAAUCCCGUCUCAAUGGAGGGGCACAUACUCGCCUCUAAUCCUGAGGUGACAGGGGCUCUGGUUGCGGGAGCACAACGCUUUCAAGCCGCUCUCAUCGUUGAAUUGGGCCGCUCAGAAGUAGGACUGAGCACGAGCGACCGGGCCGCUGCCAUUGAAAAACUCUGGCCCAGCAUACAGCAGGCAAACAAGGAGUGUCCAGCCCAUGCCCGUAUCGCCAAGAGCCACAUUCUUUUCACCACUCCGGAGAAGCCCAUGCUGCGUGCCGGAAAGGGCACCGUACAACGCGCAAGUACUUUGGCGAUGUACGCAGCAGAGCUCGAUGCCCUCUACGCGGACGCCGAGAAGCUGGCCCAGCAUGACGCUGGCGAAACACCAGGUCCCGGGGCUGUGGACGAUGUCGUCAAGGUUGCUGCGUUCAUCCGCGCGUCUCUCCUGGCCAUUACGGGUUGGAGUGCGGAGAGGCUGUCCGACACAGAAAGUUGGUUCACUCUAGGAAUGGACUCGUUGCAGGCAAUAACGAUGACGCGUGUGCUCAAGCAAGGUCUCAAUCUACCAACUCUGACGCCUAGCUUAAUAUAUUUGCACCCCUCGAUAACGGAGUUUACCCAAGCAGUUCAACAGCUGGACGAGCAGGGCAAACAGUCUACAGAAGUUCAACAACAAGGUCUCCUUCAGGAGCGGGGCAAAUUACUGGAGCUAUUCACCAGUCAAAUCGAACAGCCCAGCCUUGCCGCCAUUCACACUGCCAACACCACAAGCCCCGCAAAGCACACUGUGAUCCUCACCGGCUCCACUGGCCAGCUAGGAACUUAUAUCCUGGAUGCACUCCUGAGAGACCCCUCUGUGGCGCACGUCCACUGCCUGAACCGAGGGGACCAUGCUCGUGAGAGACAACACAACCGCAUCAGGGAGUAUGGCCUCACCCCACUGGCUGAUAACGAAGGGCGUUUAAGCUUUCGGACCGCGGACCUAAGCCAGGACGGCGAUUUGGGUCUAGAGCCCGAUGUCUACACCCAGCUGCAGCAAACCGCCACGCUAAUCAUCCACAACGCCUGGACCGUGAACUUCAACCUCCCCCUAGAAACCUUCAAACCCCACAUACAGGGCGUGGUGAACCUGAUCAACUUUGCGACCCGCAGCCCACAAUCUCCGCAUCUAUUCUUCCUCUCAUCCAUCAGCUCGGUCAUGGGCCAUCGUAAUAGCGAGUCUGGCCUGCUACCCGAGACCGUCCUUACAACCACCACUCCCGCCCCGAAUGGCUACGCUAACAGUAAAUACAUUGCCGAACAUCUGCUUAACUACGCUACAAAGCAGCAGGAAGAGCAACAAAAUGAUUCCAAGCGAGCACGAGAUGCCCCAUCCUUCUCCUUCGCUCGAGUAGGCCAAGUCGCAGGCGCUGUGCGAUCUCCCGGCCUCUGGAACCGUGCGGAGUGGUUCCCGAGGCUUGUUCAGAGCUCACGACACCUCCAGGCUCUCCCCGAUACCCUGGGUCUGAUGGACCGGAUAGACUGGGUACCUGUUGAUCUUCUAGCCGAAGUACUAGUUGAGCUAGCUCUUGGUGCUGCCGAUAAUCAUGGCUGCCCUUCUGCUACCGGUUCGCCCUGGGCGGUCCAAGUCUACCAUCCCGUCAACCUCCACUCCCAAUCCUGGGAUUUGAUACGGCCCAUCGUCGCCGACGCCCUUCUCGCGCAGGGCAAGGACAACACCGGGAAGACGAUUGAAACCAUCCCAUUGUGCGAGUGGGUGCAGCGUGUCCGGCGUGAUAUCGAGGCAGCCAGUGUUAGCUUCUCGGCUGAUACUAAGAAUGGCAAAGGGUUGGGUGGAAAGGAGUUGCAGGCACUGUUGGAGCAGAACCCGGCUGCCAAACUGUUAGAUUUCUUUGAGGGUUUGAAAACAGAACACACUCAACCAAUUAGCUUUGAGUCGGUGCACACUGCGAAGAUGAGUAGGAAGUUACGCGAGGUGGAGGGCGUACGGGCUGAGUGGCUGAGAAAGUGGAUUAGGGAAUGGUUGGCGUAG